AUGGAUAAGGAUCUAUUCAUAUAGAAGUAUGGAUAAAAAAAUUCAAUUCAAUAAAUAUUUCUGAGGAAAGCCUAUCACAAUUUUUUCAUGCUCAGAUCUAGUGUAAAAAAGGACUUAAAAAAAGUGAAUAGGAGUGUGGAUCCAUCUAAAUUUUUAUCCACAAAAAUCAAAACAGACUAAAGUAAAAGUUCAUUUGUUGAAGUGUCAAACAUCACAAACAAAGAUAACAUAUCAUAGAUGACAGAGUUUCAUUAUAAUAAUCUAAGAAACAAAUGGUUGAUGGAUGAGAAAUAGAAUGAAGCAUUCAUAUAGAUUUUGUAAAAAAAGCGGAAACAAUUAGAAUUGGAAGAGAAAUAAAGAUAACUGGAAGUCUCUAAAAUUUAAUAAGCAAUUUUAUUGAGAGAGAAUUUGGAAACUGAUAGAAAGAGACAGUUUUAUAAGGAAGCUGAAUUGUUUCGAAACCAGUAAAGUGAAAGAAGACAUUUAGAAUAAGAAAAACUAAAAUCUAAAGAAUAAGAAUAUUUAUUUUUGGCAAAAAGAAUGGCAGAAAAUGAAGAACUUGCUAAGUUAGAACAGCAAAUUGUGCACAGACAGAAAUGUAAAAUGCAAUUUUAAAUGCUGGAAUAACAAAGGAGAACAAAUUCAUUUCUACUAUCUUGA